GGGGAGGGGACGGAGCUUGAGGGACCCCAGAGGUGACACCAUGAAGUUCUGGGUGGCGUUGGUGGCGCUGACGCUGCUGGCAGGCUGCGGGGCUGAACUGAGCGCCCCCACCCCCACCCCCCCGACCCCCCCCGCACUGCCCUCGAGGAUUUGGGGGUUCCUGGGGACCCUCGGGGAGGCGGCCGAGAACGCGACCGAGCGGAUCCGCCAGAGCGCCCUGGGCCAGCGGCUGCAGAGCGUGGUGUCGGAGCUGCAGGCGAUGCGGUUGGAGGCGCGGGCGCGCGCGGCCGAGUACGGGGCAGAGGCGCGGGCGCUGCUGGAGCUCAGCGCCGCCGAUCUCCGCGCCCGCGGCGCCGCCUUCGCCAGAAAGUUCCGGAAGCGCCUGAGCCGCGACCACGAGGAGAUGCAGCGACGCUGGGACAGCCUCAGGGCCCUCUGGGCACCCCAGGAUUGAUGGGGAUCCCAAAAACGGCCCCAGGAACCCCAAAAACGGCCCCAGGAACCUCAAAAAUGGCUCCGGGAACCCCAGAAACCGCCCCGGGAUCCGGGAGCAGAAUAAACGGGGUGGAGGAAAAGUGGAAAA